CCCGUUGGACUGAGGAGAAUCCACAUCCCGAGAAAAACCCAAUAAAAACACACAGGAGCCACAAAGUCCCGCGGAGCACGGAUCCAGGUGGUGGCUGGAGAGGCACACAGCCCAGUGCUGGAUCCCAGGGGGACUGUCAGUGUUGUAAGGACCCUUGAGACGUAGGAGGGUGCAUGGAGGGUUCAAGGCCCGUAAAGCCAGGGUCCUCGGCCUGCCUAUGGCUGGGGCUGGUCUCGGUGGCUGUCGCCUUCCUUUGUGCAGAGGCAGAGACGACUCCCAGUCCUCCGAUCAGCCCCAGCAAUAGAACCUGCGGGGGGAACUCCAAGUGUCACGAGGGGAUCAUCCUGCCCAUAUGGCAUCCAGAGGAUCCCUCCAUGGGGGACAAGAUCGCACGGGUCAUCGUGUAUUUUGUGGCCAUGAUCUACAUGUUUCUUGGAGUGUCAAUCAUCGCCGACCGCUUCAUGGCAGCCAUUGAGGUCAUCACGUCCCAGGAGAGGGAAGUUGUCAUCAAACGGCCGAACGGUGAGACGACCACCACUACAAUCCGGGUGUGGAAUGAAACAGUCUCCAACCUCACCCUCAUGGCCUUAGGAUCGUCCGCCCCUGAGAUUAUGCUCUCUGUCAUUGAGGUGUGUGGACAUAAUUUCGAAUCUGGCGAGCUCGGGCCGGCCACCAUUGUUGGCAGCGCAGCGUUCAACAUGUUUGUCAUCAUUGGCCUCUGUGUUUCCGUCAUUCCCCAAGGAGAGGUACGCAAGGUCAAACACCUUCGGGUUUUCUUUGUCACUGCAGGCUGGAGUAUCUUCGCUUACAUCUGGCUCUACAUGAUACUGGCUGUGUUUUCUCCCAAUGUAGUCCAGGUCUGGGAGGGUCUACUCACACUGGCUUUCUUCCCCAUAUGUGUACUCCUCGCCUGGGUGGCGGACAGACGACUGCUCUUCUUUAGGUUCAUGCACAAGAAGUAUCGCACUGACAAACACAGGGCGGUCAUCAUCGAGACGGAGGCCGAGCGCUCCAAGGGGAUCGAGAUGGACGGCAAGCUGGUCAACUCUCACUACAUGGACGGGGGUGCGGUGAGCAAUAUGAUCGGUUUGAUUGAGGGUAAAGAGGUGGACGAGUCCCGGCGAGACAUGAUCCGCAUCCUGAAAGAUCUGAAGCAGAAGCACCCGGAGAAAGAGAUGGAUCAGCUGGUUGAGAUGGCCAACUACUACGCUCUGUCGCACCAGCAGAAGAGCCGCGCCUUCUACCGCAUCCAAGCCACACGUAUGAUGACAGGCGCCGGAAACAUCCUGAAGAAACACGUCGCGGAACAGGCGAAGAAGUGCACCAGUGUGCAGGAGGUGCGCGUGGAGGAGCCAGACGAGUAUGUGUCCCGGAUCGCUUUCGACCCUGCCGUCUACCAGUGCCUCGAGAACUGUGGCGCCGCCAUUCUGACCAUCACCAGAAAGGGUGGCGACAUCAACAAGACGAUCUACGUGGAUUACAAGACCGAGGACGGGUCAGCUAACGCUGGGGCCGACUACGAGUUCACAGAGGGCACAAUGGUAUUCAAACCAGGGGAGAUGUUCAAGGAAAUAAGCGUUGGCAUCAUAGACGACGACAUCUUUGAAGAGGACGAGCACUUUUUUGUGCGCCUCGGUAAUUUGCGUGUCCUGGAGACCGAGGACGAGCUGCUGUCCCCCAACAGUCUCCCCUACCCGAAGGCCAUGCUGGGCUUCCCCACCGUGGCCACUGUGACCAUCCUGGAUGACGACCAUUCGGGCAUCUUCACCUUUGAGAGCAGCUCGGUGCACAUCAGCGAAAGCGUCGGCAUUAUGGAACUGAAAGUGCUGAGGACCUCUGGAGCGAGGGGGACGAUCAUUGUGCCUUAUCGCACCGUGGAGGGACUUGCCAAAGGAGGCGGCGAGGACUUCGAAGACACGUACGGGGAGCUGGAGUUCAAAAACGACGAGACGUGCAAACUUGUUCACGUGAAAAUUAUUGACGAUGAGGAGUAUGAGAAAAACAAGAACUUCUUCCUGGAGCUGGCCGAGCCUCGCAUGGUAGACAUGAGUCUGCAGAAAGCCCGGUUGUUAGCGGACGACGUGCCAGACAGGAAGAUGAACAUAGACGAGGAGGAAGCCAAGCGGAUCGCCGAGAUGGGGAAACCGGUGCUGGGGGAACACUCCAAGCUGGAAGUCAUUAUUGAGGAAUCCUAUGAGUUUAAGAGCACAGUGGACAAGCUGAUCAAGAAGACCAACCUAGCACUGGUGGUGGGAACCAACUCCUGGAGAGACCAGUUCAUGGAGGCCAUCACAGUCAGUGCAGACGAGGACGAAGAGGACACGGGGGAAGAGCGGCUGCCGUCCUGUUUCGACUACGUCAUGCACUUCCUCACCGUCUUCUGGAAGGUGCUGUUCGCCUGCGUCCCUCCCACAGACUACAUGAACGGCUGGGCCUGCUUCUUCGUCUCCAUCAUCAUCAUCGGCCUGCUCACGGCCGUCAUCGGCGACCUGGCGUCUCACUUCGGCUGCACCAUCGGCCUCAAGGACUCGGUCACCGCCGUGGUGUUCGUGGCUCUCGGCACGUCUGUCCCAGACACUUUUGCCAGUAAGGUGUCAGCCGUCCAGGACAGCUACGCGGACGCCGCCAUCGGGAAUGUGACCGGCAGCAACGCUGUCAACGUCUUCCUGGGCAUCGGCAUUGCCUGGUCAGUGGCGGCCAUCUACUGGCACAUGAAGGGGAAGCCGUUCGUGGUGCAGGCCGGCUCCCUGGCCUUCUCCGUCACCCUCUUCACCAUCUUCGCCUUCCUGGCCAUCUCGGUGCUGCUCUACCGGCGCCGGGCCCACAUCGGCGGGGAGCUGGGCGGGCCCCGGGGACACAGACUGGCCACGACAGCCUUCUUUUUCAGCCUCUGGUUACUUUACAUCUUCUUCUCCAGCCUGGAAGCCUACUGUCAUAUAGAGGGCUUCUAGAGGGAGCGGACUUCGGCAUGAGAGAACACACACACACACACGAGGGUUUCAAGUACAACUUCAGAGGUAGCAGGGUGAACUCUCACGGUGGAAUCGGGUCAGACUUGUACGGUACAGAAAGACAGGAGAGGUGAACGCGGGGGGGGGUUCCCAGAUGCCUCCCUCCCUCUCUCCCUCACUCUCUCUCUCCCUCAACCCCCUCUGUAAGGAUGCUCGGAGGUGUGCAUCCUGCCCUACAGGGCCCACGGGCCUCACAGGAGAGCCGCCCCGGGCCCGUGUGAGUGUGCUUACAGUCGGGAUUGGGUCACCACCAAAUCCAGAAGAUGCCGAUGCCGAGUGCCGGUCCCACGUUCCACUGGAAGAGUCUUCUAACCGGAGAGAGAUGAGUUAAUCAGAGGUCUAUAUUUUUCUCAACAUCUGACGAGAACGACUUUUUCUAAAAAAGUAUUUUGGGGAUAAAAACGCAAAAAAUACAUCAAACAAAAAAAACAAAAACCACAGACACGCAAACAAAAAAGAGGAAUCAAAGAACUAUUUUCGGAUCUAUGUCGAGGAAUCUCAAAAGAUUAUAUAUCGUGAAUGGAAAUAUGAUGUUGAGUGACAGUGGGAUGGAUUCAUAGUAUUUAUUUUUGUUUGCAUAGUUUCGUAAGGAGCGCUGUAGGAAUCACAUAGAGAAGAAGAGGAGGAGGAGGAGGAGGAG